UUUAUUAAUAUAUUUAUGUUUUUAUUCGGCCUAUAUGUGUUUUUUACUGCCUAUUUUUCUACAACUAUACAAAAUAAUUCAAGUCAUCAUCAUUCAAAACCGAAUGUGCCACGUAAAGUACAUAGAAGUGUAAUUAUGGUUAUAGAUGCUUUACGAGAAGAUUUAUUAAAUGAUUCGAUAAGUAUGCCAUUUUUGAAUAAACAGCUAAAUAAUAAACAAGGUUGUUUAUAUUCUACUAAAGUGGAGUUGCCCACUGUUACUAUGCCACGGAUAAAAGCACUGACUACUGGUACCAUUCCCAAUUUUAUUGAUGUAUUAUUAAAUUUCGAGAGUACCAAACUUCACGAUGAUAACAUACUUUUACGUGCAGUUGAAGAUGGACAAAAGAUAAUAUUUUAUGGCGAUGAAACUUGGAUUAAAUUGUUCCCUAACAUAUUUUUACGAAGUGAAGGAACAACAUCGUUUUAUGUAAAUGAUUAUACGGAGGUUGAUAAUAAUGUAACUAGGAAUUUAAAUACUGAAUUAGAAAAACAAGAUUGGGAUAUUAUGAUUCUCCAUUAUUUGGGCUUAGAUCAUAUUGGGCAUUUAGAAGGUCCUACUAGCUCUUUAAUGGCACCUAAAUUACUCGAAAUGGAUAAUAUAAUUUCGACUAUACACUAUCAACUAAAACAAUGGGAAACUACUGUAAAUAAGCAAUCACUUUUCAUAAUAACUAGUGAUCAUGGAAUGAAAGAUAGUGGAGGUCAUGGUGGUUCUACUCAUCCAGAAAUAAUGGUUCCAUUAGUUGCAAUUGGAGUUCCUUGUAAAGGUUCUUCCAUUGCUCAAAUUGAUGUUGCACCAACACUAUCUGUUUUAUUUGGUGUUCCAUUUCCGAAGUCUAGUAUUGGAAAAUUAAUAUCAAAUUUAUUAAAUUUAAAUCAAGUUGAAACCCUGAGUGCAUUUGAAACUUAUUACAAUCAUCUAAUAAAUAUAAUACCAGAUUCGCAUCAUGAAUUCAUUAAUGACAUGAAUAUAAGAAAAAGUAAUGCACAAACCAACAUUGAUAAUGCUACACUCGAUAAAACUUUUGAUCAAUUAUAUUUAUUUUACAAAUCAGAAAUAGAACGAAUUAGCGAUUAUCUUACUUCAAUUAGACACGAUACAUUUGAUGUAUCUGUACUUUGGAUUUCUACACUAGUAUUAUGGACAACAUCAUUGUUAACUAAUAAAAAGAUUAAUUUUGACUUAGAAAAGUAUGAAUUUCUAAUUAUAAUCGGAUGUAUGCAAAUUUUACAAAUAAUAUCAACUUUAUCGAGUAGUUACGUUGAAGAAGAACAUCAUAUUUGGCAUUUUUAUAAUUCAACAUUUUUAGUAUUGAUUCUUUAUAAAUUAUUAAUGAGCAAAAAGGCUCGUACGAAACAAUUAUCACGUUACAGUGUACUAUUAAUAUUACAUCGAUUCAUACGAGAAUUAAAUGUAACGUAUGAUAGUAAUUUAGCUACUUGGUUAUAUAGAAAAGAUUCUGUAAUUGAGUUGUCAAUUAUGUUCAUAGGAGGUAAAUAUCGAAUUUAUUUCAAAAAUUGUGUUCCGAUUUAUGUUCAUAUGGGUAUCUCAACAAAAGGAUCAAAGGAAUAUUUCGAAUCAUGGACAUUAUUCAUUUUGAUAUUUUUAAAUGUCAUUAUCGAUCUAUAUUCAAAUCAAGUUAAAAAUAAUGCCAAAUAUUCGUAUCUACAUACAUUUUUACUUUUUUGGAUUUUGUUAUGUACGUUAUUAUUACGGCCACAUAAUGUAUUGCUGAUAUCUGGAUUAAUUUUGAUCAGCUAUGAGAUUAAUCAAACAAAUAUUUCAUUUAAUAUUCGUAUAAUACUUCAUUAUUGGUUGGGAAAAGCUUUUUAUUUUUAUCAAGGGACAACAAAUAAUAUUGCUACUGUCGAUGUGGCGUCCGGGUAUAUAGGACAAACAUCAUACAAUCCAUUAUUUGUUGGAAUUUUAAUAUUUGUGCAUACUUAUUCUAUGCCAGUACUUAGUCAUGUUUUAUUGACAAUCAAUUCCAUAGAACAUUUCAAAUUUCAAUCAAUUACAAAAUUGAGGUAUUACGUGGAUCAAUUACAUUCCAUAAACCUGCUAUUAACAUUUUCAACGUUAUCUUUUUAUUGUGUCGCUAUGAUUUUACAUAGAAAUCAUUUGUUUAUUUGCAGGCAAAAUAUUCUUCAGAAAUAGAAACUUUUAUGUGGAACUAGAUGGUAACAUUUCAAUCAGUGAAGUGGUAGAGAAUGAAUCUUUCAGAUCAUAGCAGC